UCUUAGUGAAAUUGCCAUAUCGAGCCUCCUCCAGACCAACAGGAUGACCCUUCUCGACUACCCUGUUCCAGAGUUGGAUGUUACCUUGCAAGAAGUGAGCCGUGUCCUGCAGCUCACUUUAAGUCCUGACCUUUACCCUGAGUUUAAAUGCACGAUGGAACAGCAGAGGGAGCUCCUUCAAGAGGCCCACCAAAAAAUAGCAACUAUUGCUGCAGGCCAAGAGAACUGGGUGACGGAGCAGUUCAAGAGAGCUCUGCUGUCCUGUGCUGACCCCCUGCCCACUUCCACAGCCCUGCCUGUUGUUCUUCUUCCUUCCCAAGUAAAGCAAUGUACCCAACUGCAGAGGGCAGCCGCUCUGCUCUGGGCAGCAGCAAAGCUGUACAGUGAGCCCUUGUUACUGGAGGGCAAUGUGCCAAUGGAGCGCACACAGCAGGGUGAGGUAUUCGCUGCCAGCCGGAUUCCUGGCAGGAUUCAAGAUGAGAUUAAGGUCUACCCAGAUAGCCUCCAUGCUAUCAUCACCUGUGUUGGAGGAGUGUUCCCUGUUGACAUACUGUGGCGUCCCAGUACCGGGGGUCCAGUUUCAGCUCGAUCGUUCAAUGACAUCUACAAACAGCUGACUCAGGUGAUGGAUCAACCCAGUGCAGGAAGACAGAAUGAUCCCUCUGUCAUUUGCAGCCUCUCAGCUCUGGAGCGCAAAGCCUGGGCUGCCACCAGGGAAGAGAUCCUGGAGCAAGGAGGGGAUGCAGCGGCAUCACUGGGGCUGAUGGAGAGUGCUGUUCUGACACUCUGCCUGGAGGAGUGCAACGCACCCUCUGAGCUGGCUGAUAUCCUCAAUGCAGUGAGGUUGGGAGGAGGAGGAGGCAGUCCAUGCCUCAGAUACUAUGACAAGGUGAUGAACCUGGUGGUAUUCAAGGACGGCACAGCUGGGAUUGUAUUUGAACACAGUGCUGUGGAUGGGAUGGUGGCUGGUCUUGUGACUAAGCGACAUUUUGCCUCGGUUUGGAAUGGCCGAUCAACACCAAACUCGGGGACCUUAUGCGUCAUGACAGCGGGGCGCCUGGGCCGACUCGUGUGCCCUCGGCGGGGCCAGAUGGGGCAGCUUGCGCCAGGAGGCUUGGACCCCGCUUACAACUACUUGCAGUUCUAGUUUUGUUUUGUUUCUAUCAAAUUGUUUUGUAUGCCUUAUCUGUUCAGUCAGCGGUCACUCUGAUGAGAAACUACUUUUCAGUUAUUCCAUGUUCUUAUAUGAUUUGCAUUAUUUUUUAGUAUCCUGCAUCAAAAUAGCACAUGUACCACAAUAUGUAUGCUAUUUGUGGUAUUUAUUUUAUUUAUUCCAUUUAAGUAAAGCCACUGAGCAAAGCCAGUAUUUGCCACUUCAUCAGAAAUAUAUAUAUACACACACACACACUGUAUAUAAUUGCCAUUUAAAGGAUUUUCACAUAUCUUCAUUAUCUUCCCUGGCCAUACAAGAAUGUGCUACAUUUAAAAGCAAUUAUAUUGCCGGAAACAUGAAUUACAGGUUACAAAAAAAUAUAGUUGAAUUCUCUGGCACUGAGUGGCCUUGGAGAUUGACUGGGGCAAUUCUGCAAUAUUUCCUGAUAACAUCAAUAGCAGACUGGUUAGAGACCAAUACAUCAAUUAUUAUUUAAGUGGAUUUGUUGUUUUUUGAUGUAGCCUUUUCUUUAACAAUAA